UUUUGCUCCGAAUGAGCAUCACUCACUGAAGAGAUGCAAAAUCUUCUUCCCUUUGCGAGAGAUCUUUUUGACGCACUCACAUCAUAUAUUUGUGACACUCGGUGCGCACACAAGAGCAGCGAGUUACGCAUUACUUGGGCAUGAGGAGAGCUGAAUGCGCAACACAUCCGCAAUCAUUCUCAGCUUAUUCGUCGCGCGCCAAAUCCCGUCUGUCACACAUGAGGUGCUUUCUUUGCUGGCCGCGGCCGCCGCCGCCGCCGUCCACCGACUGAGUCCCCGCACCUGUCCCACUAGAUCGACGCCAAACGAUUCCGCACGCACGUGCUCACACGAAUGGCCUGUUCACACCUUCGGCUUUGCACUCCCACAAUAAUAUUAAACGGAGGGUCCAGUAUAGAACCAUGAAUUUAAUUCAAGUAGCCUUACGGAUGGAAUCACCUUGUAGGAAAAUCUGAUCAUUUAAUGUAACAAUUUGUCCCAUUCUAAUAUACAUAAAAUAUCUAAAGUGUGAUGUUAAUUGGAUAGAAAAGGUCUAGGAAAAAUUGGACUCUUUAGUCGUUGUAAAAUAGAUGAGCAGUAUCCCUUUUUUUGAUUGACCUUUAUUUUCCCCGCUUUAUUUUGAAUUGUAUUAUAUAUAAAGGAACUUUAGGGAGUGAAGUAAAUUAUUAAUUCUAAAUUUAGAAUGCCCUUGUUUUUAUCGUCAUUAGAUAAAUCCUCUCUGUUACUCUGCAGUUUUAAACAAAUUUGGCCACUUCAUUCUUAGCUUGGAAGUAGAUUGAGAAAUAUUUUUUGUUUAUAAAAUUUUCUAUACAAAAAAAUUGUAAUUGAAAUUAUAUUGACCAGAUGCAAAAAAAAAAUUACAAAUUAUGGAAAUGCGCAUAGCUUAUUUAGACUUUUUUAAGCCAUAUUCCUCUGCGAAUCUAACGAAUCUGAGCAAUUAUAACAUUGAAAACUAAUUAAAGUGAUUAAGAAUUAACUUUUGUGAGUUUAUGCUUGCGUUUAGAAAACUUAAUCUUGCAAUAUCGCUGUGAUAGCUUAUCAAGCCAAAUAUUAGUAACGCAUUGAAAUACUCUCAAUGAGUACAUGGAUAUAACGCAGUAGACGCGUUCAGCCCGUGGGGGCCGUGCGGCAACUACUUUACGUUUCCAAAUCUGGAGAAAAUGUCAUUGUCAAAGGAUCAAUUGUGUGCUGGAGCUCCCGUGAAAAACAAUAAUGUAGAUCUCAAACUCAACAUUGCCUUUCACCGCUAUUUUACAUUCCCCGUGGACUUUCGAAGAAAGUUUAGAGGUGACUUUGAGUCGUUGGCUGAGGCCGGUUUUUACUGUCUGCUCUCAAAUGGAGGAACUCAUGAGUUGCGGUGCCACUUUUGCGACCUGGUUAUCCAUGAAAGCGAAAUCCACAAUUGGACCAAAUUGGACAAGGACCAAAUCUUGAGUAGAAAAAGAUGUUCGAUACAUUCACAUGAUUCCAAAAACUUCCCUCUGAGCGUCAACCUCCGCAACUUCAAAUUCGAGUCGCACCGACUGUACUCGCUUUUGAAGAGAGAAGAUUGGAAUGUUUCUCCUGCAGACUUGGCCGCUGACGGAUUCUAUUAUACAGGACAUGGUGACAUCUGCCAUUGUGCUUUUUGCCGUGUGGAAAUUUACAAAUGGGAGCAACAAGACAACGUUCAUGAUCAGCAUGUACAAUGGAACAAGGAAUGCCCCUUUUUGAUAAACCCAGAAGGCGUCCAGAACAUCCCAAUCGGCAAGGAGAUUGUGGAUAUUGCACAGGACUCUAUUGGGGAGAAAAAAACUGGCGCGGAGGCCUAUCAACCCGAUCAUGAUCAGCAAGGAUAUCAACUAGAGGGACAGGGACAACCUGCCACUGACCAAGUUAUCAACGGACAACCUGCGGCUGUUCAGCUUGUGGAGGGACAAGGACAACCUGCAGAUUUUCAACCUGUGCAGGGAGAAUAUGCAGAUGUCCAAGCUUUUGAGGGACCUCCAGCUAAGCUACGAAUUAUUGAUGAACCACAAAACAAUCAACAUGAUCACAAUGAAAAUAACUGAACUGCAUUGCAUUAUACAUAUUUUACGUUGCUUCGUUGUUAUUGCAUGUAAUAUCACUUAUGACACAAUAAGAGAGAGAAAUAAUGAUAAAUUAAUAAAUUAUUUCAUCUAAUGCAAAUUGAGGGCUGUGGUUUUUAAUUUUUAUCUUUUUGUCUAUGUAUGCACUUAUUUUUUUAUUAUUAUUUUUAAUUAUUUUACCUUUUACUAAAAGUUUGAAGUGUUUUUAUUAUAUAAUUAAAAUUCAGGCAGAGGUUGAUGUUAAACUAUGAAAACUGACAGUUAAAGAACAAUCUGCCAUUGUGAUGAAUUGUUAGUUUUGGAACGAAAAUUAAUUGAAAAUGAUUGACUUAAUAACUUUACAGAUAAUACUCUAGAAUUUUAAUAUGGAGUGCAAAAUAAAAUAAUUUCAAGAAUUGAUUGGAUUGUAAUCAACUAAUCAACUUCCUCUGAUUGUGAGACUAUUUUUCAUAUUGUUCCAAAGAAAGAAAAUGAGGCU